AUGGUUAACGAACAAAUUCAAACAAUCUUAAAUAAACUUGACGGACUAACUCAAGAAAACCCUGAUUUAGUUGCUAAUGGAAUCAGCAUUGAGCAAUUUAUUAACGAAUGUAAGGACAAUAAUUCACCUCUUUCGGCAAUUGUGAAUUGUUUACUAGAAACUAUUCGCGAAAAGGAUGAAGAAAUUAGCAAGCAAAACCAAACGAUUGCUAAUUAUCAAACUCAAGUGCAGGGCAUUAAUGCUCGUUUCCAAAGAAGACCACGUCGUUUAUCUUUGGAGGAAAAAGAAAAAAAUAAAGGAGUUGAUCAGGUAUCUUCACCCAUUUCAUUUGAUUAUAGUUCUUUUUCUUCGCCUCGGUCAGCUCAUUCUCCGUUAGGUGAUUAUCAUCCAAGUCUGGAUAUUCCUAAAUUAGACAAUGUUUUGGAGGCUAUUGCUCAAGAAGAUGAAAUAAUUGAAGCUCAAGAGGAAGAAUUGAAUAAUCUAAGAAAACAAGUAUCUUUGCUCCAAAAACAAACAGAAAGUCAAGCAAAAGUCAUUGAAAAUUUUGAAGCUAAUAAACAAGUUUAUGUUCAAGGAAUCAAAGAAAAAAAUGCAGAAAUAGGGGAAUUGAAAGUUAGUUUUAAAGAUCAAAAAGAAAAAGUAGAAUCCUUAAAGAAAGAAUUAAAACAAACUGAGAAUGAUCUUUAUGAAGAAGGUUUAAAAAGAGAUCGCCUAGCGGAAAGUUUACGAUUAGAAAGGGGUAAAAAUAAGAAGUUGGGAGAACAAUUGGAAGAUGAAAUAAAUAAUAAUGAAACUUCGCGUAAGAAACGAGAUGUUGAUGACGGUCGAAUGCUUAAUAAGUUUGAGAGUUUAAUGAAAGAUAAAACUUUUGCUCAGCAACAAAUAGAACAUUUAAAAGAACUAAUUGAAAGUCAAGAGGAGCGAUAUCGUCAAGAAAAAAACGAGCGGGACAAAGAAUACCGGAAAAAGAUGGAAAAUUUAAUGAGACUGCAGUCUAGUGAUGACAUAAGGUCAAGUAGGAUGAGAGAUCCUGUUUUAAGAAGAACUUACAGUUCUAGUAUUAGUUUACCAGCUAGCCGACCUGAAUCACCACGAAAUUCUUUUUAUUAUGGAGCUGACCCUAGUUUAAAAUCUCCUGACUUAUUUUCAGAGCUAGACAAAGCUGAUAAGAAGGGUAAUUUUUUUGGCUUAGGGCUUACUGAUUCACCCAAUUCUAUUAAUUCUGACAAAGGGGAAAAAUCGCCAGUUGAGGAAAGUGAAAACCAAUUAGAACAAAGUCUUCAAGAAGUUAUGAAUUUAGUUGAUGCAAAAACUUUAAAAGAUGAUUAUGAUACCUUGGAAAAAGCUUUAGCUGAUUUGCGUUCUAAACAAUUAGUAGAAGAAAAUAAUCGGCAAAAACUCCAAGAGGAAAUAGAUAGUUUGAAAUAUCAGUUAGCGGAAGCAAAAGACCACCAAUUCCGAGCUGAAAAGGGGUUGAAAGAUAAGAAUGAAAUAGAUAAAUCAACUACCGAAUUAGUUGCAGAAAGAGACCAAUUAAAGGAAAGAUUGACUACCGUGCAGAAUAAACUUGAUGAAAUGUAUUCUGAAAACGCUAAACUAGCUAUGCAAAAAUUGUCGGAAGUUAAUCGAGUAUAUGAAAAAGUGCGUGCUAUUGAAGCACAAUUACAAAACGAACAAGAGGAUAAUCGAAAUACUAAAAUCCAAAACCAAAAGUUGUUGAAUGAGAUCGCCGAGUUGAAGAAAAAUAAUGAUUUAAGUAAGAUUGGAAAUAGUAUUGAUAAAUUAGGUAGUGCGACCGAAAGAGCCAAAAAUGCUCUUGAUUUACUAAAAAGUCAGAUAGAAGUUGAUAUUAACAAAAAGUAA